GUUUGUUGCUGUCAUUAAAGAAUAUAGACUUUCUGUGCUACGAUUAACAACGUGCAACCAGAAUGUUAACCUUUAGCGGGAAUCUUUCAUGAUCUAAGAAUAAACUGGGUUGUUGGAGAGCAACUAGCGAUGGGUUGGUUGUUGUACCAGCCAUGAAUGGGGUGAAAGAGCCAGAGCGAAAGACAGAGCCCAAAGGGAUAUGAGCGAGAGAAAAGAAGAGAGAGAUUGUGUGUGAGUGGGUGAUGAGUUCUUUACCCUAUUUAAAUCCUCUCUCAUUCUAUUUUUUUUUCCUCUUUGAAUUUUUUUUUUCUCACUUGUCUCUUUUCCCUCUCUUUUCUUCCUGCUUCCUUACUCGCUCGCAGCAUAUCUUCUCUCUCGCAUAUAUGAACAGAAGUGACAAAAGGCCCACAGUCCGAGGCAUCAAACGCAAUCUUUCCAAAUUCACCACGACUAUCUUACACCUCGGUCGCCGUCGUGAUAGCAACUCGACAGCUCGUCGGUAUCAGAAAAACAACGCACAACCAUCACCACCACCACCAUCAUCACCUUCGCCACCCGCCUCCUCUACUCCAUCUCCAUCACCACAACCACCGCCGCCACAGUCGCGACGCUUCACCGCCCGAGUUCUCGGAUUACACAACAAAAUUUGGCGUAGAAAGAAAAAACAUCAGCAACAGAAGCAGCAAGAAGCAGACGAUGAAGACGACGACAACGACAACGACGACCAACAAGCCGUAUGCGGAUGUGGUCGACCACUCGAAGCUGGCUGGGAAUGUCCUCACUGUCGUUUCACUUGUCCAACCUGUCAGCGAGCUCUUGGGGAAGGCGAGCAGUGUAGUCGUUGCCAGUCCAGCAGCGAUUCACCAUUACCAAGUUCCACGAUCGCAAGCUGAUCGUCUUGUAUGGAGAAAGUGCACCUGAAAGGAAGCAACCUAGCAACCUACUUAAUACUUGACAUGCUACACAAGCAACUAAGCAACUCAUACACACAUACCCAUUUCCGCUUCUCUUCUUAUUUCUCCCAUAUAUCAAUAGCCGUCCCCUCCGUUAAUGUAUUUUAUAUUUCAUCCAACAAUAACCACCCCAUGCAACACACCCUAUAAUACAC